ACCGCCGUACAAAAAAAAAAUAAGCAUGCUCAUUGUCAUUCACACAUUCGGAAAGAAUAAGCGUCAGUUACUUUAUCACGCGCGUGAAUAUUUUUGCUUUCUACGGGGUCACUUUUAUAAUUGUGCACUUUGGCAGUUAGAUUGCCUUACUUAUGUGUACGAUUUUUUUUUCGCUGCUUGUAUGCUGAUAUCGCCAUUGAUUCUUCGCGAGAGUUGGAAGUACAAUUUAAAUGAUUAACUUAUCAAGCAAGCUGCAAAAGUAAUUCGUACGUUUGAUGCGUGCCUUCAGUAGCUCGAACGCCUGUGGAUGAGUAGGGUGCUAUUGUGAAUUACGAAGUGAUCCAAACUGGAAGAUAGAGUGGGCUUUUUUUCAUUUUGAAGCAUGUUGGCGAUGGAGAACUCCUGCAUAGAUUUAGAUCCAAAUGCAACAUGUGUGCUGACUAGCAACGAAAGACAGUUCAAGAUGCUGAAUCAUACUGUUGGCGAUGAUAGUCAAGUCCGCGGACAUCAACGCGUGCCUUCGGACACGAAAGAAUUUCACGAAGCCACUAAACGUGACGCGUUGCUUCGGCUACGCAAGGAUCUAGACAAUCUUCUACAAACAGCUGACGAUGCCAAGAAAACGAUUCUACAGAAAGAAAUGUGCGGCUUUGAAGCCCUCUUUCAUCGGUUCCUGCAGGAAGACGGUCCCUCGGUAGAAUGGGACCGCAUCCAAAAACUACCGCAAGAUGCGGUCAAAGAUUAUUCUAGUCUGAAAACGCCCCAGGAAUCGGAAAUCCGUGAAAUGCUGAACAAAUUGGUCGUAAUCAAGUUGAAUGGUGGUUUGGGUACUUCGAUGGGUUGUCACGGGCCCAAGAGCGUGAUUCCCGUUCGUAACGAUCUCACAUUCCUGGAUUUGACCGUGCAACAGAUCGAACAUUUGAACAAAACCUAUGGCGCCACCGUACCUUUGGUGUUGAUGAAUUCUUUCAAUACCGACGACGACACAGAGAAGGUCAUUCGCAAGUACAAGGGAUUCCAGGUGCAGAUUUACACCUUCAAUCAAAGUUGCUAUCCGCGGAUUAGUCGUGAUUCUUUGUUGCCGGUGGCAAAGGAUUUCACCAUAGAAAACGACAUUGAAGCGUGGUACCCGCCAGGUCACGGAGAUUUUUAUCAGUCGUUCCAAAACUCGGGAUUGCUGAAAAAAUUCCUCGCAGAAGGACGCGAAUACUGCUUCCUGUCCAAUAUCGACAAUUUGGGCGCGACGGUCGAUAUCAACAUUUUGAAUCGUUUACUGGGCGAUGACCGUCAAGGUGACAAGCCCAUUGAAUUCGUCAUGGAGGUCACCGAUAAAACCCGAGCAGACGUUAAGGGUGGUACCCUGAUUCACUACGAGAACAAGUUGCGGUUGCUGGAAAUUGCUCAGGUUCCCAAGGAACAUGUGGAUGAUUUUAAGUCGGUUAAGACAUUCAAAUUUUUCAACACUAACAAUAUCUGGGCACGUUUAGAGUCUAUAGAACGAGUGUUGGAUGCGCACACUAUGAACAUGGAAAUCAUUGUUAACAACAAAACGUUGGAUAAUGGCAUGCGAGUGAUUCAACUGGAGACUGCUGUGGGUGCUGCCAUGAAAUGCUUUGACGGUGGCAUCGGAAUCAAUGUACCUCGGUCACGUUUCUUGCCCGUCAAGAAAACUUCCGAUCUGCUGUUGGUUAUGUCGAACCUGUACAGUCUGAAAUACGGAUCGCUAGUCAUGUCGCCACAACGUAUGUUCCCAACCACACCUCUAGUUAAACUGGGUGAUAACCAUUUUAGCAAAGUCAAGGAAUUCCUCGGACGUUUCGCUAAUAUUCCUGACUUGAUCGAACUAGACCAUUUGACGGUAUCCGGAGAUGUAACUUUCGGUCGUGGCGUAUCGCUCCGAGGCACCGUUAUCAUUAUUGCCAAUCAUGGUGAUCGUAUAGAUAUCCCGGCAGGAGCCAUUCUAGAGAACAAAAUUGUGUCCGGUAAUAUGCGCAUUCUCGAUCACUAAUUGGUUGUCGAUAUGCGUGUCGCUCUUCAUUACGGCGCAUAGAUACUCAGGAGUUGACGACUUAUAGCGCGCACCAUUUACAGAAUAACUAGAUACAGAGCUUCUUAAUAGAAAAUUUGUCACCCAGUGUAGCAAUAUCAUGUGCAAAAGUUUUAAACUUUCUUCGUUUUAGAAUCGAUUGUAAUAUUUGCAGACGGAGUGUCAUCUCAAUAAAAUCAAAGAUUCAGAGUUUUAAACAUAGAGAAUAAGUAAAAAAUAUAAUGAUAUUUGUUUUAUCUGUAGUGCCGUUCAUCACGAUUGGUUUACGUUUGUUGAAUAAAGAGUUUGUAGUACCUAA